UGUUGGCAUUUUCUUCGGUGAGAAACCUACAUCUAUCAUAAAAUAAUUGAACAAAAGGGUGCAAGAAAUAACACAAUAAGAAAGACUCCUGCCUUCCUCACUCACUGGUCUAAACCUCCAAACGAAAAACGAAAUGAACUUCCUCUGUAGGUCACUCCCCCUCCUCUGUCGCUCCAUCUCCUCGAAGAUCCCUUCUUCUCCCAGACCCCAUUUUCCUCUUUCUCCUCCUCUCUUCUCGAGGUCCAUCUCCAACCCUAACCCCACCGCUGGACUUAUCCCCAAUCCAUCCUUGUCAUGGCGCCGGUUCUGCAACCUCGAUCGACUCCAGCCCCAGCAAUGGCACCAUAACCGCCGCACCAUCCUCCAACCCCUCGCCGUUCUUCUUGGUGUCAUCGUUGGCGGCGGAGGCAUCAUCUAUUACCGCUAUUUUGAGACCGUCCCUUUCAGUAACAACUCCCGCUUGGUCAUCGUCUCUCCUUUGGCUGAGCGAGAUAUCAGCGAGAUCGAGUUUCAGAAGCUGAAGAACGGCCUCGAGGGCAGGAUCCUCCCCGGCAACCAUCCCGACACCAUCCGCGUCCGCCGCAUCUCCGAGAACAUCAUCGAAGCCAUUCAACCAUGUCUCAACCAUGACAAGCGGCAGUGGGGCAAUCUCAGUUACGCUUUUGAGAUCCAUGACAAGUGGCAGUGGGGAGAUCUCUGGUACGCUUGUGAGAUCCAAGCUCUUGAGCAGUCCCCGGAGACCACGAAGAAGGCGGCGGAGGCUGAGAGUUGGGAGGUGCUUGUGGUGAGCGAUAAAACUUUCUAUGCCUUUUGCCUUCCGUGUCGCAAGAUUGUGGUUUCCACCAGAGUUCUUGAUCAUCUCAGGACGGAUGCCGAGAUCGCCACUUUGCUUGGGCAUGAGGUUGCCCAUGUUGUUGCUCGCCAUGGUGCUGAGAUUGCUACAAAAGGCUUGUGGAUGGAUAUUCAUUUCAUGCCACGUUUCUGUUGUUUUGAUCAUGAAAAAAUAGUGGAUGCUUUAAUGCGGAAAGAGGACCUCUGCACAAGAAUGGAAAUGGAGGCAGAUCAUAUUGGCCUCUUGUUGAUGGCCUAUGCGGGAUAUGACCCAAGUGUCGCACCAAGGGUUUAUGAAAAACUUACAGGGAUCAAGUGGAAGACUUUAUGGCACUAUUCCUCAACUCGCCCUGCAAGCUUGGAAAGAACAGAACAGAUGGAAGCAGCACUGUCUGUGUACAGGGGUGUGUUUGCCAGUAAUGUUUGUUUCUGAUUUCCUUAUUAAUUGGGCAUGUAAAUCGACUUUUCUUUAGUAUCUUCAUGUUUUUA